AUGACCUUGAUCAUCUUUUUUGGGAUUGUUAGUAUGCGUGGGUUAUUUGGGGUUUUUUUGUUGUUGUUGGGGUUUGGUGUUAGCUAUGCUGUCCUUUGGAGCGUUCGUGCAAAGAUCAACGAGUUCCUACUCCAUUUGCCCUUCGAGAAACGAAAAAGAGGGUUUUAUGGUUUGGCAAGAUGUGAAAACAAUAAUAUGAUUACAGUAAUAGGAGCAACAAUUUUAUUGGGUAUUAUUGGAUGGAUUUAUCAAAGACUUAUGAAGGCUCCACCUCCAAAAACAAUAUAUGGAUUAGCAAAUGGUCCUCCACUGACUUCCCCAAGAGUAAAGCUGCAUGAUGGAAGACAUUUGGCCUAUAAAGAAUUAGGAGUUCCUAAGGAAGAGGCUCAACACAAAAUUAUUGUUUGUCAUGGCUAUGAGAACUGCAAAGAUAUGGACUUGCCUAUCUCUCAAGAAGUUUUGGAGGAGCUUAAGGUGUACUUAUUAUUGUACGAUAGAGCUGGUUAUUAUGAAAGUGAUCCAAAUCCAUCACGUUCUGUGAAGACAGAGGCAUUUGACAUUCAAGAAUUAGCCGACAGAUUAGAGCUUGGUUCAAAAUUUUAUGUGAUUGGAUGUUCAAUUGGAACAUACCCUAUUUGGGCUUGUCUCAAAUAUAUUCCACACAGACUCCUAGGAGCUUCACUAGUUGUACCAAUUGUGAAUUUUUGGUGGCCUUCCUUUCCUUCAGCUUUAUCGCAACAUUCAUUUGAGAAACUUCCUAAAUCUUACAAACGUACAUAUACGAUUGCAUAUUACACACCUUGGUUGAUCAACUGGUGGAUGACCCAGAAAUGGUUCCCAGUAUUGGAGCGUGAAGGCAUGUCUCUUAUUUCUGAUUUAACCAUAUCAACCAGGAUGCUCGAACUCCCAGGACUAAAAAAUGCAUUGCGACAAGGUGAACAUGAAUCUAUACAUAGAGACUUAGUUUGUACUUAUGGAAAAUGGGAGUUUGAUCCAAUGGAGUUGACAAAUCCAUUUCCUGAUAAUAAGGGAAGUGUUCAUAUGUGGCAAGGAAGUCAAGACCGUGUAGUUCCUAUUGAAUUGAAUCGUUUUAUAGCACAAAAGCUUCCAUGGAUUCAAUACCAUGAGCUUCCUAAUUAUGGUCAUCUAUUAAUUCAUGAACCUCCAAACUUUGAACUCAUACUCAGGGCACUUCUCGUUGUCGACCCCAACUGCGCCGCCGAUAUUCACCAAUAAUGUAUUGUUGUUGUUGUUGUGUUAAAUAAGCAGUUGUAUUUUGUGGUACAAUGUAAUGGACCAGUUGGACUUGAUUUGCUUAUAAAUUGUUGAGAAAUUUGAGGACAUUUAGUUUUCGACAAUAUGUUUGUUCUGUGGUUGAUGUGGGCGGACAGCUAAACAAUGCUGAACAGUUUUAGGAACAAGCAUAUAGAUAUGAA